AUGAAUUCAAAACUAAUUGUAGAAGUCACUUCUGAGGCAUGUUCAUCGACAAUUGCCUUGGCAGCAGCUGCUCAACAAUUCGGAGGAAAGCUCCUAUGCAUUCUUCCCAAACCAAUAACUCUGGACAAAUCACAAAAGAUUGAUAACUAUGAAAGAUUGCUCGAAAGGCUUAAUGUGAAUCGCAAAAGGUCAGUGGUAGUGGCAAAUAACUUGAUCGAGGGGAGAAAAAGGGUGGAAGGUCAUUUGAAAGGAGUUGAAACUAUGGUUGAAGUACAAUUUAUAAAGCGUCCUAUAGGUAAAGGUAUGGAGAUUACUAUGUUGGGAAGAGCAAUGUGUUUGGAAAAAGAGAACAAAACAGAGGAAGCCAUAAUCAAGCAGAGCGAAAAGGACAAUCCGUGA